GAAUGUGUAGGAUUCGAUGGCUCUUUUGAUGGUGAUUGGUUAAACUGCAAUGGAUUUCCAGCCAACAAAACAUGUACUAACGCCAAAGAAUGCUGUAAACAUACUCCAAUGAAUUACAGCUGUUUCAACACAUCUAAACUUAAAGGUAAGUACAUAAUUCAGGGAUCCAUUAGGUGUUUUACAAAGUUUAUCAAAAUGUACGUUGGAAAGGUUCGAAAAUCCAGACGUUUUGAUCAAGGUGCUUCCUCUUCCUCAUUUGUUUAAAGCAACUGGAUUUUCGUACCUUUUCAACGGACAAUUUGAUAAACUUUGUAAAAAUCAAUCGAUCUUCUGCGUUGCACAGUAUCUUCCAAUUCUUUAUAACACUUCUCGAGCCAUUAAGUGGUUUGAGCCAUUAAGAUUUGGUUUGGGAUUAUUUCAGUUGAUACCUCAUUAUAUCUUAGCGUUCCAGACUUGCGAGGCCGCGAGGCACCUCAAUAAGCGGAAACGGAAAUGAGAAAGAAGCGGGAGAUUGAGGAGACAAAAGAAGAGAAAGAGAUUCGCUGCUCUCCCUGACUCCCUUUCUAUUUUUUUUUUCGUAUUUUUUUUCUUUUCUAUUUUUUGCUCUGCACCCCUCGCUCUUAACGCCUGGAACAGACAAAAUAUGGGGAGGGAGGAGAGGGAGGGGGAGGGAGGCACCCAUAUAAAAGGGGCUAAGAUGCUGAUGGCAAAAUUGAACUCUCAAAUGAAGACCCUUCUGGGGCUUAGGUUCUAAGGCUCUAUUUGACCCCUUAGAGUUCCAUACAUUAACACUGUCGCUGCACUGUUUGACGGCGUUUAGUUUUUACCAGCGGCGGGGCAGAACAGUGUUGUCCCCUUUGUUCUGGUUGAUCACAAUGUUCCUCGCAUAGGAAUGCAGAUUUGUGGAUCUCUAGCUCUUGUGACAGCCACAUGUAUUUUUUUUCCUUACUGAUUGUUUAGUUGUUGGAAAGUGGAAACAACCCAUCCCAAAAUCCAUAUCAUUUCAAAGAACUGCCUCAUCUUGCUCUCGGAAUGAUUUUCGGAACUUGCGAGACAAUAUUACAGACAAGGCUUUAGACAGUCAAGUUAUUAUUUGGCAC